ACGGACAAAUGUAGCACGGGCUCGGGGGAUGUGGGACGAAGGGGAGAUGGCUCCCGACUUUAACGAAAAUGUUUAGUAAGGGUGGGGGGAAGGGAUGACAGGUAGAAAUGUGAACCAAGAGGUAGGAAAACUUUUGAAUUUUGGUACGCUAAUGAAUGGCGACCACCUCCAUCCCCAUCCCCCAACCCACAUCAGUCAGCGGUUGCUAUGUGUGCUCCAGCCCUUGGUGUGAUGAGUACUCGAUUGAUCUGUCAAGUAUUAAACAGUAAUGUGCAGCCACGGCCUUGGGAUUAAUACGUUAUCGGACGGUACUGUAGAACUCUGGGAAUAAUGUGAAAAUGAGUUUGCUGGGAUCUGUCCGCAAUUUGUUGCUGGCUCUUUGUCUGAUGCUGGUCUUGGGAUUUCUCUACUAUUCUGCUGGAAAGUUACACUUGCAUGGAUGGGGACAGGAACCACAAUAUGAUAGACUGGGAUUUCUGCUGAAGUUAGAUUCCAAAAUGGAACUGGAGAAUCCAGUGGUGGACAACAGAAGAGAUGGCUGUGCAAAUGCUGAUACCCACAAAGACAGACUUUUUAUUCCUUCCCAACCCACAUUGGGCUACAUUCGCUCAACAGAUUUGACCUACAGAAAUGGAAAUAACACUGAAGGUGGCUGUAGAAAAGGAUUUGCCUCUGCACAGAUGACAGCAAUAUUCCCAAAAUUCUCAAAACCAGCACCAAUGUUUCUCGAUAACACCUAUAGGCGUUGGUCGAAACUCAAAGAUUUUGUUCCUCCAUUUGGAAUCAAAGGGCAAGAAUCAGUUAUACAGAAGAUUCUGGGAAUAACUAAACAUUAUACUUUGACUUCAUAUCUGGACAGUUUAACCUGCAAACGAUGCGUUAUCAUGGGCAAUGGAGGAAUAGUGGCCAACAAGUCCCUUGGGUCAAGAAUUGAUGAAUAUGACGUUGUAAUAAGGUUAAAUGAAGCUCCUGUGAAAGGUUUUGAAAAGGAUGUUGGGGCAAAGACAACUCUUCGAAUUACAUAUCCAGAAGGUGCCAUACAAAAACCAGCUCGGUACGAGAAGGAUUCACUAUUUGUGUUUGCUGGAUUCAAACCUCAAGACUUCAAAUGGUUGAAAUACAUUGUUUACAAAGAAAAAGUGAGCCCAUUGGAUGGUUUCUGGAAGUCUGUUGCCACAGUUGUCCCUAAGGAGCCCAAAGAGAUCCGGAUUCUGAAUCCUUAUUUCAUCCGUGAAGCAGCUUUCACAUUUAUUGGCCUCCCAGUCAACAACGGGAUGAUGGGUCGUGGGAAUAUCCCAACACUGGGUACAGUGGCAAUAACAAUGGCAUUGCACAACUGUGACGAAGUGGCAGUGGCUGGGUUUGGCUAUGAUAUGAAUGCUCCAAAUGCACCCCUUCAUUACUAUGAGAAUGUUAAGAUGUCAGCCAUUAAAGAGUCAUGGACUCAUAAUAUUGGAAAAGAGAAAGAGUUCCUUAGGAAAUUGGUGAAAGGGCAAGUGAUUACAGAUUUGACAGCUGGGAUUUGAGGCAGUUUUACUCCAAUCCCAAAAUAAAAUUGAGAAGAAGAAAAACACAAAAACAAACAAGAAGAGGAGGCGCCUGUGGGCUCUGAAAACCUCGACUGAGGAUACAGUUGUCCCACACUACCAGAAGAUUGCACAUCUCUGAAUAAAGGCAUUCAUCUAUCAUCUUGCAUCAACUUUAUAUUGAAGGGGGAUUUCUGUGCAGUUACACUUCAUUGCUCAGCUUUAGAGUGCAAUGAGAAAAGAAAGACACUAAUAGACGUGCCAUAAUUACCUCUGGAGAAAGAAGUGCAACAGGAUUGUUGAGGUAUUUCUCUUUUAUAGGUUGAAUGUAAAGACUUUCAUAAGCUGUAUGAACAAACAGUUUUACAUUGUGUUUUAUUUUAGUAUUAUUUCAUCUCUCUAUCCCGAAAUUCGUGAGACUGGCUGUUCCAUCCCAGACUUGUCCAUUAUUGCUGCUAUUCCUUUUUGGGGUAGAGGAUUUUUUUUUUAAACAGAUUGUUCUUCAGGAUAAAGUUUAUCCAUACAGAACAGAAGCUGUGAUAGAGGUUAAGUAUGAUCAACCUCUUUUGAUUUUAAGAGCAGAAAAUCAUGUAUUAUUAGUAAUAUUUUGCUGUGUCAGUGCUGGCUUGUUGCUAUCACUCGUGUGUGCAAUGAUCAGAAGAAAGUGCUCCUUCGAAUGGCUUUAGUAACUGGAACUCAAACUUGAAACAUAAUUAAACCUUCAGCAAAUAUGCAUUCUUCUCAGUUCAGAUAACUGCUUAUAAAGCAUUUUUAUGUCAAUACAAGUAGAUCAUGCCACAACAAAGAUCAAUUCAUGCAGAGAACUGUUUCAUGUGCUUGUGUUGUGCCACAGUAUUAUUGAUUUGAAUUGCAGUGUUUCUGACUCAUGUCAUGCCAUGGUACAGUCACAGCUUUCAAGACUUUGGAAGAACAUUUCUCAGCUGAAUCCACAUUUCUUUCAGGACUAGCAAGUAAACUACACGAGGUGGCGUUAUCUCCCCGCUACUCAACAAACUUUGGCCAGGUGUUACCUUCACCUCUUUCUUUUUGGCAGAAUAUAAUGAUUUUUAAUACUCCAGCAGUACUUAUGAACAAUGUUUCUUUUAAAUUUUUUUUUCCUUGAUGUUCAUUGAGCGAAUCUUAUUGGUACAGAAUAGAUAGCUCUGAAACUGAAAAAGAACAAUCAUUGUUUGUUCUGAUACUAAUAUAACCUGUUGUAGAACUUUCCUGUUAAAUACAUUAGAGGUUCAUGUUGCCAGCUUGUCUAUUUGCCACGCCAGGCCUGAUAUGUAAUUGAUACUCCCUCACUGGGGAUUUGAGUACAAAGUAACUUGGAUUGCAGUCAUUGUUUAGCAAAACACUUCCCCUCCAGCCACUUAAACAUUUAUUUCUUGUUUCAGUACCCAUGUCUCUCCUUUUUUCCUUUCACCAUCAGUUACAUACAAUGCAUCAUCUCUUAACUGGGCAGGUCUCAAACUUGCAACUGUCCCCAUCCUUCUGUAACAACUUAUAACAAAUUAUCCAAUAGAACACACUAUAAUGUCUAUUCAUGCAUAAAUAUCAAGAUGCCAUAUUAAGUGUAUCAACUAGAUUUUGGAAUUUAUCAGCUCUGAUAUUCUAAUUCAGGAAAAAAAAAUAACAAUUCUACUUAAUCCCAUUCUUAAAUAUAAUGGAGGAAAAUAUUUCCAGAUUUCACCUGCAGCCAAUUUAAUCAGAUACAAAGAUUACUCAUUUGAUCAAACUAGAAGUAAGACAAGAAUUGAAAAGAUGGCUGAAUCCAUUAGUGUUACUCAGUGCUCAGGCAAAUAAUACAUGUAAUAUCUUCCAUUGCUACUCAUUGACGCUAGAGUUUUGAGGCAUUUGGAAAUUUCUCAACAAAGAGUGGUCGACACAAAUCUAUAGAUUUAACAUAUGGCAAUUUGUUUGAAUUUUUUAUAUGGUUAAGGAUUUUCAAUAGAUCUGUACCUAAAAUUUAAGUUGGCAACUUCAAUAUGCCCAUUCAAAUAUGAUUGAAUCUUUAAUUGUAACAACCCUGGAAAAGAUAUUUCAUGUAACUGUUAUAAAAGGUACAACCUCUCUCUCUGCCUUAGUAGAUGAUGUGAGAUCUGAAAUGGAAGUACCAGAGCAGUAAACUUCCCAUGGACUCAGUAUUUCAGAGCAAAACCA